GUGUGCGGCGAGAGAGCAGCGGGUGUGCGGCGAGAGAGCGGCGGGUGAGUGAACCACAGGUUGUCCGGGCGCGGUGAACGACACAGACCUGGAUGGACGGCGGUUUUGGUUCAUCUACCACCUUCCACCGAACACAACGCACCCUCAUUUUGGAAGCGCCGGACCGGAAAAAUAGCUUGCAUACAGUCGCUAUCAGGGUGCGUUGUGUUCGGGGGAAGACGGGUAGUUCGAAUCGGGGAUUCGAACACGGGACUGCAUUUCAACAGUUACAUGGGUGGACCAACUGACACUGAGAUUACGCCAAUGGGUUCGGUUUUGGAAUUGGCUGCGAGUCCCUGCCUGCGGAACCUUGCGGGUCUCGCGGUCCUCGCUGUCUGCGCCGAGGGCUUGGCUUGGAUCUUGUUAUCGCAGCUCAACAACCGAUGGUCAGAUUGACUCAGGAGCAAUGAGCAAGGAGCAGGGAAGCCUACUCACUUAGCGACUGUGGACUCUGUGGGACUUUGUGGGACACCGUGGGUCGUGCUGGACUUUGUGGGACACUGCAGGACUCUGUGGGACUUUGUGGGAGAUUGCAGGCUGUGUGUGACUUUGUGGGACACUUCGGGCCAUUAGCAACGGCGGAAUGCGAUGGCCCUGCGAAGUACAUUGACGAAGUCAGGGAAUAACAGAGUACUGUAUUAUGCAAGACUGUGUUAUUCGCGAUCGGGGUGUGAAUCGACCGUGAGAGAGGGUGACGGAUGGAUAGGUGCUCUGCUCCCUUCUUCUUCCUCUGCCACUUCAAGCAGAAGCUUUCGCACGUACCUGAGAGGUCUGCAGUUCGAACCCGAGGCCAGCUUGACAGGCCGCCUCCUAUCUGCAGGCGCGGGACGAUGCGUGCCGCCUCACCCGCAGCAGCGAAUGCAGCAGCAACAGCAGAGACGAUCUGAUGCAGACUUCAUCACCACCACCACUACUCAGCAACACCAACAGAAGCUACAGUCAGUGCAGCAGAAGCAGCAGCAGCAGCAGAAGAGGAGUUAUGCUGAUGAUUGUUCUGUAAAGAGACCGACACGAGUUUUGAACAUUGUGUCGGAUUCGGAGUAUCAAAAGGUAUUGGCAGCUGCACAAGAAGCAGAGAGACUGGCAGUGGUGGAUUUCACCGCUAGCUGGUGCAGACCUUGCCGACAGAUUGCGCCGGUGUUUGAGAAGUUGAGUAGCGAAUACAAAGAUGUGGAUUUUAUAAAGUUAGAUAUUGACGAGCCGGAGCUCGAUGUUUCGGUUCGGAAUGCUCAAAUCCGGGGAGUCCCAACUUUUCAAUUCUAUAAAGGCGGGGUGAAGGUAGCUGAGUUCUCGGGAGCAGAUCCCAGUAAACUGACUGAUAUGCCGGAGGAGGAACGGGAGAAGGAGCGGGAGAAGGAGCGGGAGGAGGAACGGGGGAAAAAGCAGGAGAAGCAGUGGGAGGAGGAGCGUGAGGAGCAGCAGGAGGGGAGGAGUAGCAGGAGAAGGAGCGGGAGCGGGGCUAUGGCGGGAUCUUUGUCACAUUGUUUGGCGAAUGAGGAUCGGGAGGAGGAGGAGGAGGAGGAGUGGGAGAAGAAGGAGGAGCGGGAGAAGAGGGUGAAGGAGCGGGAGGAGGAAUGGGAGAAGGAGCGGGGAAGGAGCGGGAGCGGGGCUAUGGCGCGGGAGGAGGAACGGGGGGAAGAGCAGGAGAAGCAAGCAGGAGGAGCAGCAGGAGGGGGAGGGGGAGAAGGAGAGGGAGGAGGAGCGGGAGGAGGAGUGGGAGAAGGAGUGGGGAAGGAGCGGGAGCGGGGCUAUGGCGCGGGAGGAGGAACAGGGGGAAGAGCAGGAGAAGCAAGCAGGAGGGGCAUCAGGAGGGGGAGUGGGAGAAGGAGAGGGAGGAGGAGCAGGAGGAGGAGUGAGAGAAGGAGCGGGAGCGGGGCUAUGGUGGGAUCCUUGUCACAUUGUUUGGCCGAGGAGGAGCGGGAGGAGGAGGUAGUGGGAGGAGCAGGAGAAGGCGCGGGAGGAGCAGUGGGAUAAGGAGUGGCAGGGGAAACGGGGAGCGGGGCAGGAGGAGGAGCGGGAGAAGGAGCGGCAGGGUUGAAAGGGGUGCGGGGGGGAGGGGUGGACACUGAUUGAUUGAUUGAUCAAUCAAAAAAUAAAAAACAAAAAAAUCGCCCUGUUCUCCUUUUUUGUUUUUGGUUUUCAUUCAAUCAAUCAAUCAGCCAUGUUCUA